AUGGCCGCCGACAACCAAGAAACUCUCGUCGAGGCCGUCGCCGUCGAAGAUGGUGCUUCCUUGAGAAUGACCAAGACCAGAUCCACCGAGCAACCCCCCGAGGGACAGUCCCUCACGGGAAAGCAGGAACAUUACCUGAAGCGAGAGCUCAUGGCUGAGCAGAGUAUAUACGAAAUCAAUGAGCUCAACUCGCCCACUGCCCUUCAGCGCUUCGGCGCCCCCUUUCGAUCCGAACACGGCGAGGUCUCCCCGCAGGAAUCCGAGCUGCCCCUUCUGCGAUAUAUCUUUGUCCACCAUGUCCGCGACUUUCCCUUUCUCGAUAAGGCGCGCGAAAAGGAAUUCUGGCAAGAUAAGCUGCAAGUUUUUCUUGAAUCCUUUGCAACCAAGCACAUCUCAUCCUCCGAAGACCGCCUCGAAGAGACAAAGCGUAGAAAGCUCGCUAUAAAAGCGCAAAAGAUGGUCGAGCUCAUGAUGGUAUCCGGGAUUGGCACAACGUCGGGCUUCGAGGAGCGCAUCCGAUUCUCCGAAAUUGACAUUGUCGAUGCCAGCGCCAUCGACACGGGUGUUAUGCACACCAUUCCCGAGGGCAAUUACAUCAAUGGUUGGGACGUCAACGUCGCUGCUGUGCGCACGGUCUCGGUCAAACGCAAUAUUCGCCAGCACAAGCACUCGGAAUUUAUCCUCCGUGUCAAGAAAAAGGGCGAACUCGAGCACUUUGUCGCCCGCCGCUAUGGCGAUUUCGCUCGUCUGCAUAAACGCCUCCGCAUCGAGCUGCCCGGCCGCGCCCUUCCCUCCCUGCCCAAGAAGAACAAGUCCAGUUCCACGGCGUCGACCUUCAUGUCUGCUUUUGGUGGUGCCGCUGAUUCCGACGAUGGGGCUAGCUUGUCCACCGUGUCGACGCGGUUGACUCGACUUUCUGUUGAGCCUGAUGCGCCAUCUGCUAGAUUGGCUCCAGCUGCACACCAAAGAGCUGGCUCUUCUCGAUCGCUUCAUUCAAGCACCUCUAGAAACGGAAACUCACCACGCCUAUCUUCUGAUGGGAGACUGGCCCCCGGCGGCGCUUCGCCAGACCCUGCUGCCAAUGGAGAGACUGUUGUCCUGGGGCGCGAGAAGCAGAGAAUUUCUUUACGAUCCUUUAUUCGCUCUAUGCUACACAACCCGCAGGUAGCCAACACCGCUGCCAUGGAGCAAUUUCUAACGGCGGACCCCAUCACACCCACUGACGAAGAUGUGGAAGACAUUCUACGUCGCAAGAAUUUGGACGAGAAGCGUGUCGAAGAGCAAAAGAACUUUUACGAAAUCGCGCGCCAACGUGCGGCAGAGCUCGACGAGUAUAUGGAACAGUUCCGACGUGACAUUGUCGAGCGUAACGGUCUUACCAUGCUCUUUAAGGAGAUCAAGGAGAAGAAGACCAUUGGCGAUCUCAGCAUUCAGUAUCGCAAGUUCGCCGAGUGGCUCCGCAUCGAAGUCGCUGCCGUCAUCUAUCACCUGUUUCUUGCCGAGGAUAACUCUCCAGAAGUAUUUGCGCAGGCACGCAGAAUACACUCACUGGUGCCAUAUAGCAUCAUCAAGAAUGUGAUUCGUAUUGCGAACCCGGCCGCGGUCAUGUCAGGCAUCCUGGACGUGUUCAUGGCGCAACCCUUUGGCACGCGCUCCUUGCUACAGCGCAUUUUCUCUCUGACUCUCAACGACGGGAUUAAAAGCUUCCAGAAGUCUAUUGGCAUUCUGAACUCUAAGAUUGGCGAUCCGGUGUUUUCGGAGAAGCUACAGAAAUACACCACUGCCCCGGAACAUGUCAAGAUUGCCAUUCGGCAAGAGGCCGAAGACGAGAAUCUAGAUUUGGUCGUCACCAUUUUGCGCUCGGAUCAGCUGGAGCCGGAGUUGACAGGGCCGCAGUUCCAGCGCCUUUUUAAUGCCUACGUCGCCUUCAACAAUGCCGUGGAAAACAUUGACGAGGAGCUUAAGCAAGGUGCCGAGCUCUUCUCGCAUCUCAAGCAGCUACUCAAACUGUGCACCCGCCAGCGUGACAAGACCAUGAUGCUGAACCUCGUCGAGGAACCCGUCACACUGCAGCUCUUCCGUGAUUUGUUUACCAUUUUCUACGAGCCACUAGUCCGGGUCUACAAGUCAGCCAACGUCUACAAUAGCGUGUCCGAUUUUGCCGUCUUCUUUGACGACGUUAUCCAGACGGUGGAAAAGUGCCGCGAGGAAGACGCCUCGGCAGAUCCGAACCAGACGGUUCAGGCUUUUAUCGACUUGUGCCAGCGCCACGAGCACAAUUUUUACAAGUUUGUCCACGAGGUACACACGCAUGACAAUGGACUCUUCACUCAGCUCAUGGGGUGGAUUGAAGGGAUUCUCGAGUUCUUGCGCACGGGUCCCGCCAAUGGCAAGCUCAACAUCAAUGCUCUCUUCGAAGGCGGCGUCAGCACCGGCACCAUUGACAAGGUAAAGGCCAUCGAGGAAAUCAAUGAGCUGAUUGCAUGGCAAGAAGCCCGCAAGAAGUGGCACAACGACAAGACGAGACAAAAGAUGGCUGCCGAGUCCAACACGGGCGGUGGCGGCUUGGGCGGUAGUUUGGUGACAGGUCUGAGCUUUGACGUCUCCGACUUUGGCCUCGAUAGCGCAGAUAUCGAAGACUUUAACAACUACCACGAGGACGACUCGGAGGAGGAGCUUGAAGCGGAGGCGGAAGACGAGAUGGAUCCCAUCGAGGCGGAGCGCCGCCGCAGGCAGAAGCAGCAGCAUACUCUCCGACGGAGGGCGGGCGAGCCGGUCAAGCCCGAAAUUCACGAGGUACACAAGCUCAAAGACAACUUUUUGGUCAUGCUGCGCCAGGUUCUUGCGGAUUAG